AUGGAGGUAUUUGGUGACUCCAAUUUGGUACUUAGACAGAUUCAGGGGGAUUCGAAGACUAGGGAUGUGAAGCUUAGGCCAUAUCACGCCUAUUUGGAGUUGCUGGUUGCGAGAUUUGAUGACUUGAGAUAUGUUCAUCUACCUAGAGCACAGAACCGGUUUGCCGACGCCUUAGCUACCUUAACUUCUUUUGUGGACAUUUCGAUUGAUGUAGUUAUAUGUCCGUUGCUGAUUGAGUUGAGGUCUACACUCGCCUACUGUUGUUUCAUUGGAGAAAUAGAGGUCCAGGACGAUCUACCUUGGUAUCAUGACAUUUAUCAGUUUCUUAGAUCUGGCACAUACCCUGAGGUAGCCACUACCAAUGAUAGGAGAGCACUGAGGAAUUUGGCCACUAGAUUUGUGAUUUGUGGAGAUACCUUAUACAGGCAAUCAGUUGAUGGUAUGCUUCUAUUAUGUUUAGAUCGGGCCUCUGCCGAUCGAGUGAUGAGAGAGGUUCAUGCAGGAGUUUGUGGUCCGCAUAUGGGAAGACACAUGCUGGCCCAUAAGAUUAUGAGGACAGGUUAUUUCUGGUUGAUUAUGGAGACAGAUUGUUGUCAGUUAGUUCAGAAAUGCCCAGAGUGUCAGAUUCAUGGUGAUCUCAUUCAUGCACCGCCAUCAGAGUUAUACGCUUUGACCUCGCCAUGGCCAUUUUCAGUUAUUUUGCCGGUUGAGACAGAGAUGGGUUCUUUGAGAGUAGCCCUUGAGCAGUAG